GUUCCACUCUCUCUCAUCAGCCUGAGCCUCCUCUCCUCGCCCAAAUGAGUGCCACCGAGUUCCGUGCUGCUGGAGCUGCGGCCAUGGAGCUCGGGGAACUGAUGGGGCUGCAGCAAGGCAUCGGCGGCACCGUGCCGUCGCCCGGGGAGGGCGACCUGGGUCUCCUCAAGCGAGGAGGCGAGGCAGCAGCCGCAGCGGCUUUCCACCCCUCCCCCUUCCUUGACGAGCAGAAGAUGCUCAGGUUCUCCAAGGCUGCUCAGGCAUUGCCCUCAGGCUUGGAUCUUGGAAGGCCAAAUGAGCAGGAUUUCCUGCUAUCCAGGACCAAGAGGCCCUUUACUCCCUCGCAGUGGAUGGAGCUGGAGCACCAGGCUCUCAUAUACAAGUAUCUUCAUGCAAAGGCCCCAAUACCAUCCAGCCUGCUCAUUUCAAUCAGCAAAAGCUUCAGGUCAUCCAAUAGAGUGAGCUGGAGACCUCUUUAUCAAGGGUACACCAAUGCCGACUCUGAUCCAGAACCUGGAAGAUGCCGUCGAACAGAUGGAAAGAAAUGGCGAUGCUCCAAGGAGGCAAUGGCUGAUCACAAGUACUGUGAGCGGCACAUCAACAGAAACCGUCAUCGUUCAAGAAAGCCUGUGGAAAACCAACCUAAAAAGACCGCCAAGGAGGCACCUGCUGCUGCUGGCUCGUUGCCAUGUGCUGUGUCACAGGGUAGCUUGAAGAAGGCAAAAGUUAACGACUCGAAGCCAGGCACAGUCAGCUAUUGGACAGAUAGUUUAAACAGGACAAUGUUGAGCAAAGAGAAAGCAAACCAACCAACAGAAGACAACAAUAUUGAAAGCCUGGGGAAUUCUACAAAUCGACAACCCACCUUGUCCCUGCUCUCUCAACUGAAGCAGCAUAAUAAACCAGAAAAGUACAGCCCUGCAGUGGAUAGUCAGUCAAUCUCCUCAGACACAAUAUUGAAAGCCUGGGAAAGCAGAAACCAGCAGAGCCACAAGAGCAUUUCCUCCACACAGCUGCAUGGUGCUGAAUCCCUCCAGUCAGUUCUUCAAAACUUCAGCCUGGCAAAGAAUGAGAACACGGAUUCUGAGAAAAACAAAUAUUCUGAUUCCAUGCUAGUUUCAUCAACUUUCUACCACUUGGCACAAGGUCCACGGACAACCUGCCUUACAUCUAACAUGACACAAGUGCAGGCUGAUUGCAUCUCAAGUUCUUGGGAGAUGCCUCAAGGUGGACCUCUGGGCGAGAUCUUAACAAACUCCAAGAACAGUGACGACUCAAACAAAAAGUGUGAGUCAAGUUCAUAUGGUUGGUAAUUAAAUCUUGACCACUCACCAUGAUUCCUCAAUCUAUGAAGAGCUUAACAUAGAUAUCUCACCAUGAAAGUGAAGAAAGGCUCAGAAGCGAAGGUUGAGAUGAUCUGGAUGUUUGUCCCAUGCAUGCUCGCUACCUUUUUACUUUGGUUUUUGUAGUAUUCAGCUAGUUGAAUUAUCCAUGCUUCUGAAUCUGGCUGUAUCUUAAACUAGUUUUGUGACAGAUUAUAUCUUGCUUAGUUAGCUGCUUAA